AAACCCCCCUCGGGGCGGUGGAAGGUAGAGGGAGCCAGGCCAAGAUUCAGCCCCGCAGCGGCCACCCGGCACGGCCGGGCUCCCGCACCCGGUACCAGCGGCAGCGGGGCCCGCUCGAUCACAUGGAGGCGCCAUUUCCUAUGCCCUUGCUUUGCCCUUAAAGCCGCCGCGGUGCCGCCGGUGCCUCGCCCCGCACGGGGCGGUUGCGGACGGGCGACGCGUCCUUGUCUGCCCCCCCCCCCGUACGCUGCCCGGCGGAGAGGUGGGGUGGCUGCGGCGGGGGACGGGGCAGAGGCUCAGCUAAAUACAGCCUCGCCUAAUAAAGCGAUGGGGCCCGGUGCCCGCGCCCUAUAAAUACGCUCGGUGUGCGGCCGGCGGGCUUUGGCCGGUGCGGCUCGGCUCGGCUCCGCAGGCGGGGCGGUGCAGUCAGCACAGCAGGGCCGCCACUGCCGCCGCCUCCGCUGCCAGGGCAGCCCCGGCACCCCAGCGAGAUGCCCCGGGUAGACGCAGACCUCAAACUGGACUUUAAAGAUGUCCUGGUCAGACCUAAAAGGAGCAGCCUCAAAAGCAGAGCAGAGGUUGACCUCACGCGCACCUUCACCUUCCGAAACUCCAAGCAGACAUACACAGGAAUUCCCAUUAUUGUGGCAAACAUGGACACUGUGGGGACAUUUGAAAUGGCUGUGGUUAUGGCAAAACAUGCAAUGUUCACUGCAAUUCACAAGCAUUAUUCUCUGGAAGAAUGGAAACUGUUUGCUGCCAAUCACCCAGAAUGCCUUGAGCAUGUAGCAGCAAGCUCAGGUAGUGGACAAGAUGAUUUGAAAAAGUUAACAAGUAUUCUAGAGGCCAUUCCAGCUAUCAAAUACAUCUGCCUGGAUGUGGCAAACGGCUAUUCAGAGCAUUUUGUGGAGUUUGUGAAGUCCGUCCGUGUCCUGUUCCCACAUCACACCAUUAUGGCAGGCAAUGUGGUGACAGGAGAGAUGGUAGAAGAACUUAUUAUUUCUGGAGCAGAUAUUAUUAAAGUGGGUAUUGGACCAGGUUCUGUGUGUACUACUCGGAUUAAGACAGGGGUGGGCUAUCCACAGCUAAGUGCUGUUAUUGAGUGUGCAGACUCAGCACAUGGCUUGAAAGGACAUAUCAUCUCUGACGGAGGAUGCAACUGCCCAGGAGAUGUCGCCAAAGCGUUUGGAGCUGGUGCUGACUUCGUUAUGAUUGGAGGAAUGUUUGCAGGCCAUGACCAGAGUGCUGGAGACAUUAUAGAAAGGAAUGGCAAGAAGGUGAAACUAUUCUACGGAAUGAGCUCUGAUACAGCCAUGAAGAAGCAUGCAGGAGGGGUUGCUGAAUACAGGGCUUCAGAGGGCAAGACUGUGGAGGUACCAUACAAAGGGGAUGUGGAACACACCAUCCUGGACAUCCUCGGGGGGCUGCGCUCCACCUGCACCUACGUGGGAGCUGCCAAACUCAAGGAACUGAGCAAGAGAACGACGUUUAUCCGGGUCACCCAGCAGCACAACGAGGUCUUCUCCUAGCCUAGGCCUGGGGGGCUGGAGAGAGGGCUGGGAGAAAAGAGCAGGAAGGGCUGCUCUUUGCUUUCUCCUCCAUGUUGUGUUAGUGGCAAACUUCCCUCUCUGUCUCUCUCAGAAUGGCAGUGUCAUAGCCAUUGGCUAUGGCUGGGAUUUGGAAGGGGAAGGUCAUGCACAUUAACACAGUGCCAUUGAUUCAAAAUGCAAUAGCCUCAUAUUUUAUCAUUGUGCCUAUUUUAUUUUUUAAUAAUUUCUUCACCUGGUUUUCCUCCCCUCUGAUAAAUAGCUGCUGAAACCUCAGUUAACAAGGAAUUGGCUUGUACAGACAUGGCUGUUAACGCCUGCACAAAUUCAGACAUUCCCUUUUAAAAGACUGACCUGUCAGCUACCACCACUUUCUGGCAGUGCACCUUUCAGAAAUUGCAGGCUGGGAGAAAAAAAGAUGCAAGGAAUUGCAUAGAGAAAUAAAAAAAUCAAAUUCUCUUCAUCUUUUUUUCUGGCUAAAGAAUGGAUAUUAUGGCACAGCUGCCAGCCUGCAAAGCAUCAGAAGUGGAUGGUAGAUGAGGCCUGGCUGCUGGUGACAUGUGAUGCUAAAAAUGCCAGAUCUUUGUCACUUUAAGUUCACAGCGCUGAUGUUGCUGUUCUUACUUAAACCUCCCUAUUCAAUUGACUUAUCCCUUCAGAGAAGUGGGCACUGAAUGUAGCAAAACUGUAGCCCCCUCACAUGGGGGAUGGCCCCCCUGUCCCCAUGUGAGGAGAUCAUUCAGGUGAUCACUUUUCAGAGCUUGCCUGCUUUAUCAUAAGUGCAGUUAUUGAAUUACCUGGGUUCCUGCUUUUACCUGCUCUCUGGGAACAGGUUUUUAAGACAUGGAAACUCAGCAACCCUGUAACCCUGACAAGGGAAGAUGAUUCUUUGUAGCCCUGUUCCCUUGCCUGCUCAUAUCCAUUUAGCAAAGUUGUAAAAAUGCUGUGCAUUGUCUGUGGCCAGGUGGAGAAGGCCGGAGGGAUCAAAUUGCCUUCUGGUUAUGUGGUACCACUCCUUUGCAGUCCUUGACGGCAUGUAAAGCAGUCCAUCCUAUAAAGCACGAGAGAGCUUUUGGCAGAACAGCCUGGUUGAUUGCAAGACACUGUCAGGCUGAGAUGGAGUUAAAGUAUUUGCUCAUUUGCUCUAAAGGCAGUAGUGAAUGUUUGAGACUCUGGGUAACACUUCAAUAAAGUGUAAUGGCCUGAUAAUUAAUUGAUAAAUCACAAUGAAGAUUUCUUUGGAAAUACACAUUGCAUCCACAUGAAUACCACAGUAGCUUGAUAUGAUAAAUGAUGUAAAAGUAAGCACCAAUGAAUUAGUAAUGCUUGGCCACUUACUUUAAACUGCUGCUGAGAUCAUAAUGUGGCUAGUGUUACUUCAGUACUUCAGACUCUUACUUUCCCCUCCUGUAGACAUCUGUGGAAAGAGGCAGGUUUCCUUUGAAAAGCAAAAAAGUCAUUUGUAGGAAAAGGAAUAGCAAAGAGAAACUCUGGAAUUAAACUCAUACUGCUCAAAAAGCCAAUCACAGGGACUGGUACAAUUGACCAUGCUGAGAAGCAAAUCCAGGCCACAAGCUGAUCCCUGGUGAUUUUUAAGUGUGUUGUGCACAUUAGGAAAAGCACAGGGUAUCUUCUAAAUUGCCUGGUAUUUUAAAUGUCUUCCAUUUAACAUGUAGGAUGUACUUCUUAAUUGUGGGAUGACCUCUUCUUCUGCUUUGGAAGAGGAUGAGGGCCUUGAUGUGAGCAAAGGUUGUGCUUGUGCUGGCUGCAAGGACCAUUUUGUCUUGCCCAUGUAUCAUAAAGGAAUGUGAAUGCAGAAGAGAAUCAGGCCCUGUGAAUCCAGGCCCUGAUCUCUGUUCCCUCCAGCCUGGAAGCAUCAUGUUAAGAGAAUGCCAGGCUUCUCCACCACAGAAAGGGCCACCUACUGCUCUCAGCUGCACUAGGCCCAGAGCAGGGGCAGUUUGACCUCUCUGCAUCAGUACAGCUGUGGGACAACACUGUUCCUCUAUUUAUGUCAUGUAAAGGGGAAGCAAAUGGACACCUCUGUCAGGAGUGGGGUUGGACCACCAUGGCCCAGGCCUGACCACAGGUGUGUCUCCACACUGGUGCCUUCACAUGUGGGAAGUGCAGCACUCUGCUGGUCUCAUGCCCACUCUCACUAGCGCUUUUCUACUUUUUUUAGCUACAUUUCUAAGUGGAAUUUAAGAAAUACAUAUGCAUAUAAGAAAAAAAAAAUUAUAUAUUUGUAAACAUUUUGUAAAAGAUCAUGCACACACCAAACCAAGGAGCUUCAUGAUGGCCUCAGAACAGUUACUUUUCCAAAGGGCAGGUGCUGGGGGCAAGGGGCGGCUGCCUCUACAAGUGUGGCAAACUCUUCCACCUUCUUGCCUUCCCCUCCUGCACGUACUUCUGAUCAGUGACUAACAGGAGAGGGGUAGGCUAUUCUUAAGCUGUCCCUAUAAUUCUUCAGGCUGUGAAUGACAUUGAUGCCAUGAAUAGUGACUGAUAAAUUUUGAUGUUAGGUAUUUGGUUUUCUGAAUAGCAGAUAUUACCAUUGUUUUGAUAAGCAGCAGCAUGUUUUCUUUCGUUUUCUUCUCUCCAAAAAUGAGCAGGAGAGAGAAAUGAGAUGCAGAAAGGCUGAACUGGUGGCAUGUCUGCAUCUCGCCCAGUUAUAUGUGAAUUUUGUUCAGGAAUAACCCUUAGCUAUGUCAGUGCUCAUCAUUGACAAUGUACCUGUGCAGCUCUGAGACAGGCUGGAAAAUACAAAAAAAAAAAAAAAAAAAAAAAAAAAAAAAAAAAAAAAAAGAAGUGCUCGAGUCCCCCUUUAACACCUAUUCCUGUGCUGCAGUCAUUGUCCUGAUCUUCACUUAGCUCCAGGUCCUGUACCUGCUCAAGCCUGUUGCCACUCCCACAAGGAACUGAGGAACACACUUUGUCUGGCAGGAUGGUCCAAGUCAAGACCACAACCACUGACAAAUGCCAUGUGCCAUUUGUGGAUCUACCUCACCUGCACAUCUAACUGGGUUCUUUGUAACUUGGUGUCCUUUUGUGGGAAAUGAAGUUUGUAAGUGCUUAAUAAUGCUUAAUGUUGAGUGAUUCUGCAUAACCAGGUCUUCUUUAACCCUACACCCCAACCCCAUCCUGUCCAGAGGAAUGCUGUGAUUGUGACAGCCUGUACUGUAGGCUAGGGCCAUACCUUCUUCCCCCAGCCAGGCAAUUGCUGAGCUCCCAAGAGCAGUGUUGAGGUUCCCACUGGCUCCACAGCAGUGCAGCUUAACAUACCAAAGACCUACAAGUGGGGAGCAACAUUAUGUCAUUAAGCAAUCCCUGCUAAGCAUGUCUGCCUGUGGCUUCUUGAAACAUUAGGACACCUCUAACACCCCCGGUGCUCCCAGUGCUGCUCUGGGGUUGCCUUGCUGCAGCACAUUUUGCAGGGUGGGCUCCUGCCCACAGAGCCUGGUUACCAGAACUUGGGAGGGAAGGGCUCGUCACAGGAGCAGCCUUGCUCACUCCCCAGUGACUGUGUGGUGGCUGUGAGGAGUGCAUUGUGCACAUGGACGCUUCCUUGUUGGUGUGAUCAGUUGCUGAAGGGAUGGGCCUUGAGCCAGCAUCCUGACAGGUGCAAAACAAGCCACGAAGGUCUCCAUUCUCUGGGAGAAACACAUUCCCAUCUGCUUGUUGGAACAGCCAGUCCCCAUUGGCCAUGGGGCAGGGGCUUCAGCUGUGCUUUGGUGCAGCUUUCUUCUCCUUUAGGGCAUGGUGGGGUUGAAUGUAGGAUGAGGACACCCUGUAAAUAUAGAGAGUUGUAAGCAGGACCAGAAGAAACCUCUGUUUGCCUUUGGGUGAGCUUUUCCCGUAUAAAAUGUGCCUGUCUCUUCUUUCAGCUAGUCAAUAGCAGGGGUAGAAAAGAUGGGCCUAAGGAAGAAAUGUGGCAGCUGUUGGCCAAGCCCCACUGUGUUGGGACAGGUGCUUUCAGUCAAGGACAUGAUGAGAGUUUGAAGCUUUUCUGAACCAAGCACUCCCUACUUUCUACCUGUUGAACUCCACUCUUGUGACAGACUUGUUGCUGCAGCUUUCUGCCGCUGUAUGUACAGUGUCUACCCAUCACCAUCUCACAUUCCCCACCGGGGGAUGGUACUGUUUAGUUGCUAAUACCAGUUUUACACCAAAACUUCUCUUUUGGAGCCAGGAGGGCUUUUGCAACCAGUGCCAGAUUUGGCCUUGUGUAGAAGAGAGGCAGAAAAAAAAGCCAAGGCCCAAGAACAGGAGUUUCCCCUCCACAGCAGCCAAGGCCAGCAGGUGGGAGUGGGACAGCCCUUCCGUGCGGGCUGGGAGCUGCCAGGGGCAGAGGGGUUGAAACAUGUCUUGAGUAGAUGCUGGCACAGCUCUGCACUCAAGACAGACUACCCCCUGCAGCCUUAGCUUCAUUUGUGGUCACCCAGAUGCUUAUGCGAGCCCUCCCCAACAUUUAUUUGACCCAGUGUUAGCUGGCUAAAGUUUUCAUACAUAGAUCAACAGUUUGUAGUCCAUAACUCCCUGGCGUUGCCUGUGAUAACUGUGAAGCGCUUCUGUGUCAUUGGCCAAAAAGCUGAUGGGCUUUCAGUGUUUUGCUGCCCUGCUCAGCCCUGCUGAGAUGGUGAUGAGAGCGCUGCCCCCCCUUCCCUCUGCUGUGGCAUCCCCAUGUGCACGGCCCAAUCAUCCCAGCUGUUCCCAAGUUUUUGUUAUGCAAUAAAGAGCUUCACCCUGA